CUCAGCCGAAGCCUCACACCUCUGUGAUGAGGGCGAGCAGGAGCAGGAGGACCCCGCCGACAAACACGAAGGGGUACACCAAAGUGAACUAACACACGCAGAGACAUCCAUCCACAGCCAUCCAUAGACACACAGGUGGGUGAGGGUCAACUUGUGUGUGUCCUCACCGUCGUCGGUGCUUUGUGGUGCGCUUCUUCGGGUUCGGCGUGUGCCUCCUCCUCGACGUAUGGCGGGGGCAUCACCUCGACCUCAUGGUCUUCCUCCUUCUUUGCCGCCUCCUUGGCAGCCGCCUCCUCGUCACACACCUCUGCACACACCGACAGACACAGACACACAGACACACACAUGCAUCACACAAGUAUGGCGUCUGCAUGGAUGGCGUGUGUUGGUGAUAUGUUACCCGACCUGAUGGCUUCUUGUCUUCCUCUUCUGGUGAUGGUGGAACGGCCAUGAAGUGAGCGGCUGAUGCCUUGUGCGCGCGGGCCAU